AUGCACGAACGUCAUGACAAUGGCAGCAGCCGGGCCCAACCUUGCAGUUACGGCAGCCGGUCCAACCCUUGCAGGGAUGACAGUAGGUCCCUGAAACGUCGUAUACCUCCGGACUGGAUACUGCAACCUUUUAACGUUCACCCUGUCGACAAACAACGCAAGACUGGUAAGAUACACGGACGUCAUGACAAUGACAACAGCCAGUCCAACCCUCCCAGGGACGGCAGCCGGUCCAACUCUCCCAGGGACCACAGCCGGUCCAAACCUCCCAGGGACGGCAGCCGGUCCAACCCUCCCAGGGACCGCAGCCGGUCCAACCCUCCCAGGGACGGCAGCCGGUCCAAACCUCCCAGGGACGGCAGAGACAUGAACGAUAAUUCUGUCAACAGUAGGCGAAGCAAAGAACCCAAUAAAGUCGUUAAAGCUCAAAAGGUGUGUCCCGAGGUCUCCUGUAGCAAUGUCACACUAGCAAGGAUUGGUAGAUAUGACAAGGGGAGUGCUUCACAACGCAACAGCAUGCCUAGAUCGCAUAGAUCGCCCACUGGCCCACAUCAAAAACGUGGGGAUCUGGACAAUAUUAAGAAUAGAGCGGUCGACAUGUCCUACAAUCAACCUGGUUCUCAGUCCAGCCUUAAGGGGAGUUACAGAAAGAGGACCUGGAUGUUCAGCAAGAGACAGCACAACAGUGACAAUGUAGACAAUAUCACAUCUGAGGUUCAAAACCAUGUCACGGAUACCAAUGAGGAGGCUGACGUACCUAUAGAACCCACUGUAGAUGACAGCGAUGCUGAAAGUGACCACUGUGGCAGUGGAUCUAGGGCUAAAGUAACAACAGAAACAGUUGCAGAUGAUAGCGGCGAUGACAGCUCCAGCACCUCCAGGAGCUCCAGCAGCAGCUCCAGGAGCUCCAGGAGCUCCAGCAGCAGCUCAAAUGACACAGAGCCUGAGUCGGCCCCAUCCGAGGCUACCUCUGCUGAGAACCAGCCCAAGCAACCAGACUCUGCUGCUGAGACCCAACCCAAGCAACCAGACACUGCUGCUGAGAUUCAGACACCAGAGACAGACACUGGUAAGACUCAGACACCGGAGCCAGACACCGUUGCUGAGAUUCAAACACCGGAGACAGACACCGUUGCUGAGAUUCAGACACAGGAGACAGAGUCUGCUGCUGAAAUUCAGACACCGGAGCCAGACACCGUUGCUGAGAUUCAGACACCGGAGACAGACACCGUUGCUGAGAUUCAGACACAGGAGACAGAGUCUUUCAGUCCCUGA